ACUUCCCACUGGACUGCUGAAUUCCUGCACACUGCUCUUACGGCGCACUGGCUGGUCAUGGCGUUGCGGACUGUCCGAAACUUACCCUGUUUUUUAAGUGUACUCGGCGUGUUUCUCCUCAGCAGUGGCCCUUACCGGGUGUUCUCAUGUCCGAGCCGCUGUUUGUGUUUCCGUACCACUGUCAGAUGUAUGCAUUUAAACCUGGAAUCAGUACCCGCUGUUCUUCCUCAGACAACAAUCCUAGAUCUGAGAUUCAACAAAAUUAAGGAUUUACAGCCAGGCUCUUUCAGACGACUAAAAAACCUCAAUACACUCCUUUUAAAUAACAACCACAUUAGAAGAAUCCCAAGAGGAGCCUUUGAAGAUUUGGAAAACCUGAAAUAUCUCUAUUUGUACAAGAAUGAAAUCCAGGCAAUAGACAGAGAAGCUUUUAAGGGGCUCGUCUCUCUAGAACAACUAUACCUGCACUUCAACAACAUUGAGUCACUGGAGCCAGAGUCUUUCUCUCAUCUACCCAAGCUUGAGCGACUGUUUCUGCACAACAACAGAAUUACUCAUCUUGCAUUAGGAACCUUCUCCCAGCUGCAGUCCAUGAAGAGACUGCGCCUUGACUCAAACUCACUGCACUGUGACUGUGAACUGCUGUGGUUGGCUGAUCUGUUGAAGCAGUACGCAGAGUCCGGUAACGCGCAAGCUGCAGCUACUUGCGACUAUCCAAACCGCUUGCAGGGACGCUCUGUCGCAACUCUCACUGCAGAGGAGCUCAACUGUGAAGUUCCCCGGAUCACAUCUGAGCCGCAGGAUGUGGACGUAACCUCUGGGAACACUGUUUACUUCACAUGCAGGGCAGAGGGCAACCCCAAACCUCAGAUCAUCUGGCUCAGAAAUAACAAUGCUCUGAACAUGAGGGACGACACACGUCUCAAUCUUCUGGAAGAUGGGACCCUGAUGAUCCAGGACACGCGGGAGACAGACCAGGGCGUGUAUCAAUGCAUGGCCAAAAAUGUGGCUGGAGAGGUGAAGACCUCAGAGGUCACCUUGCGAUACUUCAGAUCACCAUCUCGACCUAGUUUUGUGAUCCAGCCACAGAAUACAGAGGUUCUGGUCGGGGAGAGUGUGACCCUGGAGUGCAGUGCGACGGGCCAGCCGCAGCCCCGCGUGACCUGGACCAAAGGAGACCACACGGCCCUUCCAGUGGACCCCCGCAUCAACAUCACUCCAUCAGGAGGUCUCUACAUCCAGAAUGUCAAUCAGGCCGAUGGGGGACAGUACACCUGCUUUGCAAGCAACAACGUCGACACCAUCCACGCCGCUGCAUACAUUAUAGUACAGGCUCGUCCUCAGUUCACAGUGACCCCUCAGGACCAGUCUGUGCUGGAGGGUCUUACAGUUGACUUUCCCUGCGAGGCCAGCGGCUACCCUCAGCCUGUCAUAGCAUGGACUCGUGGCGGCAGCCCCCUGCCUAAUGACAGACGACACGUUGUUCUCUCAUCGGGUAGCUUGCGCAUCAGCCGCGUGGCCCUUCAUGACCAGGGCCAGUACGAAUGCCAAGCAGUCAGUCCUGUUGGCACUGUCAGAGCAGCUGUUCAUCUAAACAUCCUGCAAACCGUAACGCCUGUUUUCACAAGCGCUCCAAGGGAUAUGACUGUGGAGUCUGGAUCAGAUGUCCAGAUUCCGUGCAGCGCGCAGGGUGAGCCCACACCUAUCAUCACAUGGAGCAAGGAUGGAGUUCAGAUUACAGAAAGUGGGAAGUUUCAUAUCAAUCCAGAUGGCUAUCUGGAAGUGCAUGACGUGGGGCUUGCCGAUGGGGGACGAUACGAGUGUGUAGCCCGCAACUCCAUUGGAUAUUCAUCAUUAAGCAUGGUGCUAACAGUGCAAGUCCCGCAGGUGAGCAGGGAGGGUGAUCCAUUUGUCUCAACGUCCCUUGAAGAGGCCAUUCGGAGCAUAAACAGCGCAAUAGACUCCACCAGGAGGCAGCUCUUUGACGGAUCUCCUCGUACCCCUGCCGAACUUCUGGCUCUGUUUCGUUACCCCCGGGACCCCUACACAGUGGAGCAGGCCAGAGCUGGAGAGAUUUUUGAGCAGACCCUACUUCUCAUCCAGAGGCAUGUCAACCAGGGCCUCAUGGUGGACACUAAUGGAACAGCCUACCGCUACAAUGACUUGGUGUCGCCACGUUUCCUGGAUAUGAUAGCUAACCUGUCUGGCUGCACGGCCCAUCGGCGCUUCAACAAUUGCUCUGAUAUCUGCUUCCACCAGAAGUACCGCACCCACGAUGGCACCUGCAACAACCUGCAGCACCCCAUGUGGGGUGCCUCGCUCACUGCUUUUGAGCGCUUACUAAAGCCUGUCUAUGACAAUGGCUUCAAUCUCCCACGUGGUGCCACUGAGCGAAGGCACAACAGCUUCUCUCUGCCACUCCCACGUCUGGUCUCCACCGCCAUGAUCGGGACAGAGACUAUCACCCCAGACGAUCGCUACACACACAUGCUUAUGCAGUGGGGCCAGUUCCUUGACCACGACCUGGAUUCGACCGUUGUGUCCCUCAGUCAGUCUCGUUUCUCCGAUGGACAGUUGUGCACCUCAGUGUGCACCAAUGACCCACCUUGCUUUCCCAUCAUGUUCCCUCCCGAUGAUCCACGGCAGCGGCGCAACAGAGCACGUUGCAUGUUUUUUGUGCGCUCUAGUCCCGUAUGUGGCAGUGGAAUGACCUCUCUGCUUAUGAACUCUGUGUAUCCACGUGAGCAGAUGAACCAGCUUACCUCCUACAUCGAUGCUUCCAAUGUUUACGGCAGCUCGCAGCACGAGGCAGAAGAGAUCCGUGACUUAGCCAGCCAUAGGGGCAUGCUGCGGCAGGGUAUCGUGCAACGCACCGGCAAGCCAUUGCUCCCCUUUGCAACUGGGCCACCAACAGAGUGCAUGCGGGAUGAAAACGAAAGUCCUAUUCCUUGCUUCCUAGCUGGAGACCAUCGUGCCAAUGAGCAGCUUGGGUUGACGGCUAUGCACACGGUUUGGUUCCGUGAACAUAACCGCAUAGCCAGCGAGUUGCUACGUCUCAACCCACAUUGGGAUGGAGACACCAUUUACCAUGAGGCACGAAAGAUAGUCGGAGCCCAAAUGCAGCAUAUAACCUACAGCCAUUGGUUGCCCAAAAUACUGGGCGAGGCUGGCAUAAGGAUAAUGGGUGACUAUAAUGGCUAUAAUCCCAAUAUUAAUGCCGGCAUCCUCAACGCUUUUGCCACUGCUGCCUUCCGCUUUGGCCAUACGCUCAUUAACCCCAUUCUGUACCGGCUUGAUGAAAACUUUCAGCCCAUUCAACAAGGACACAUCUCACUGCAUAAAGCUUUUUUCUCACCCUUUCGUAUUGUGAACGAAGGAGGCAUAGAUCCUUUGCUCCGUGGCUUGUUUGGAGUGGCGGGAAAAAUGCGAGUGUCCACUCAACUGCUUAAUACUGAACUUACUGAACGCCUUUUUUCAAUGGCACAUGCCGUGGCACUCGACCUUGCUGCCAUGAAUAUCCAAAGGGGACGUGACCACGGUAUACCCCCGUACAAUGACUACCGGGUGUUCUGCAACCUGACAUCCGCACAGACGUUUGAUGAUCUGAGAAAUGAGAUUCAGAACCCCAGUGUGCGAGAGAAGCUACAAAGGCUGUAUGGCACACCUCAGAAUAUUGACCUGUUUCCUGCACUGAUGUCCGAAGAGCUGGUGCCUGGCAGUAGACUGGGACCGACCCUCAUGUGUUUACUGGCAACCCAGUUCAAGCGUCUCAGAGAUGGUGACCGGUUUUGGUAUGAGAACCCCGGCUCCUUUAGCCCUGCUCAGUUGACCCAGUUGAAGCAGGCGUCUCUUGCCCGGGUGCUGUGUGACAAUAGCGACAACAUUACCCGAAUCCAGGCAGAUGUCUUUAGCGUGGCUGAAUUCCCUCACAGUUAUGGAAGCUGUGACGAUAUACCUAAGAUUGACCUGCGUAUGUGGCAGGACUGCUGUGAAGACUGCCGCACUAAAGGUCAGUUCAACGCCCUGUCGUACCACUUUAGAGGACGCAGGUCAGCGGAGCACAGCUAUGCAGAGGAAAAACCUGCCAGCAACCUCACAGACAACAGCAGCACUUUGGAAGAUACUCCAACUGCAGUAAAUGUUACUGUAUCACCAAAGUCAGGGACUGAACCUUCCAUUAAGGAUUUCCAAGACUUUGUUGCUGACAUGCAGAAAACUAUCACAAGUUUACGAAAACAGAUAAAAAAACUUGAAGGCCGUCUGAGCAAGACAGACUGUGCAGAUGAGGACGGGAGAGAGCGAGUAGAUGGAGAGAGUUGGAAAAAGAACCCCUGCACAACCUGUCAGUGUAAAGAGGCCCAGGUGACGUGUUUUGUGGAAAAGUGUCUGCAGGCAACAUGUCUGAAUCCAGUGACGCCUAAAGGCUCGUGCUGCCCCGUGUGCCUCAACCAGCCAUCACAACCACAGGAUAACAAGCAUCACGUAUAACCUCAGGACACUUAACCAGUGUGACCUUGAGCUCAUGCCUCCAUUUGUUCGAUAGUUGCGUUUCAGGGUUUUUUUUGUUGUUUGUCAUGUAUUGGUAUUUUUGUUUGCAUAUCCUCAGAUGCCCUCUACAAAGAACCAAAAAUACACUGCCUUUAAAAGUAUCUGAACAGAUGAAUGUGGGGCCCUGUUUUCCUCCUCAGGCAUGUUAACCAGGAGACAACUACCCAAAGUGUUCAUUUACAAGACCAAGGAUGGGCGAUUCCGGUCCUGGAGGGACACUGUCCUGCAGAGUUCAGCUCUAUCACAUCAAACCAAAGUCUUCAAGAUUACUUGAAAAUUACAGACAGUUGCGCUCAAAAAAUAUAUGUAGGCUUAAAUGUGAGAUUUAUGUUUUCGAAUUGCUUGUAAUAUUUGGAUUACAGAGUUUUAACUAAUAGUGAUAACGCAAUGCAUAUUUGUCAGUUUUACACCAAAUGAAACAAGUAAGAUUUCUAAACUGAAUGUGUUUUAAAUGCAGAAUAACCAGGUUUGUAUAUACAGUAUAUCAUCAAUACAUUUAAUUUGUUUCAAUCUCAUACAUUUUAACAAAAUGAUGCUUGUUGCUUGUUGCAGAGCUAGUCAUAUUUUAACCAUUUUUAAAAUGAAAAAAUGCAAUUGUUUUCACAAUUAACAGAUUUAUGCUGAUUCUAAGCGAUAUGAUUUAAUGCAUUUUAAAGAUAUUAUUAUUUAGAUCAAAUAUGCCAUGAUUUUUUGAGUGCAGAAAUAGUUAAUGUAUGACUGACAAAUGUGCAUCACAGUUUAUUAGCUUAUGUUAACACUGUGUAAUGGAAAUUUUAUGUGCAAUUCAAAUGCAUAAAACUUAAAUUUAGGCCUAAAUAUUUUUGUUUGAUUGGGGAUGGAGCUGGGCUCUGCAGGACGGCAACCCUCCAGGACCAGAGUGUCCCGUUACUGGCUGUUUUAUGGAAGAAGCAUUCUCAGAUUUGAGAUGCUGAAGAACUGGUGCUAUCUUACUCCAUUUAAGUGAUUUACCCGAGUCUUAAGAGUGUUGUAUUAUGCAUUUAAUUGUUUUGCAAUAUGCAAAGCAUUAUACAGUAUAUACACUCAUUAUGUGCUUUUUAAAACCACAUUUGAGCAAAAAUCUGUUAUUUUGUAGUUACGCUAAAUAAUUUUUUAAAAACGUUACUCAUACUUUUGCUUUAUGAUGCAUAGUAUCAUACUCUGGACAUAUGUAGAACAUUAGUUCCCGCCUUUUAUCUUCCUCUCAUGUGGAGAAAAUGUGAAUACCUUGAAAACAAUCUUUGCAACGGGGGAAAAAAAACUCUACUGAUCACCAAAUGUUUGUUUCCCUUGGCAACUGCAGGAUUUCUGAGACCUGGUGUUCUUUGCUUUAUCUUGACAGAAAGCUGUUAUUGAUGUUUUUGGUUUGGGUGCGACUGAGGUGAAGCAUUUGGGAAGUGCAGCACUGAGCUGACGUCAGGCUCUCUUUUAGGGUGUUACUGUACUUUUCUAUAAUACUCUGUUCUGCCGGCACAGUAUUUAUAUUCUUGUCAUGAAUGAAGGUCCAGAUGUUUCCUCCCUUUUCAAACAUUGUUCAGAGAGAUGUAAACAGUUGUGCCUCAUCACAAUACAUCACUUGAAACGUACACACUUCUCUCUUAGCAUCCAGUGUUCAAUUACAUUCAUAUUCGUUCAUUUAGCAGACACUUUUAUCCAAUUUUUGAGAUUAACGAUAUGUUUUAGUGCUUUAAAGAAAUCACUAAAUAAUAUUGUACCAUUUGGACUGAAUAAGAGUUUUUCGUUCGUGAGUUGGACUACACUGCUGGUGCUGUAUGUUUGUUAGUGUGCAACCAGUUCACAGUGCUAUCUGUGUUUUUGUCAUUCUGCUAUUUUCAAGCCCCCAGUAUUUGUCACGAUCAGUUCAGACUGAAGACUCGAAUUUUGCCUUGAUGCUGUAGAAAAACUUUAGUAGUUCAGUGUGAUGUUCAAGAACCAAGAACCAUUAUUAAAAUUACUGGAAUAGCAUAAUGAAAAUGUCUCUGUUACAUCUGUCAUUCCCUGAAAGAGGGAACGGAGAUGUUACGUCAUAACUGACGUAUUUGGACCCCAAAUACGUCAGUUAUGACGUAACGCCAGAGUACGACUGAAGGGGAACUGUUGUCAACAUUGAUAAUGUUUCUUGCGCAUCAAAGCAGCAUAGUAGAAUGAUGUCUGAAGGCUCAUGUGACUGAAGACUGGAGGAAUGAUGCUGAAAAUUCAACGUUGCAUAAGAGGAAUUACAUAUGUUCAAAAAGAAAUGCUCCUUUUAAAUUGUAAUAACAUUUUACAAUAUUUCUACUGUAAUUUUGAUCAAAUAUAUUAUUUGAAUAGGAACCCUAGGUAUUCUACAACACUUCUUUUGCUGAAUGUGAAGUUUCCCCAGCACUGUCACACACCUUGUACCAAAGACCAAAUACGUGUGUUUUGUUUAGUGGACUGGUAAGAUGUCCAAGCUGUGGUGUGUUUUUAAGUUUUGUUUUUGGUUUUAGUUUUUUCUUUUUUGGAGUCUGACUCAUUGAGUCUCACUGAAAUGGAAGCCAUAUCCUGGGCUGGAGAGCUGGAGAGCUGCACUGCUGCUUCUCUCUAAACAUUCCACUGUAUCCUGAUGAAUUGUCAUCAGCCUAACAGACUACAGACAAUCACAGUCAUGCUUGAAUGAUUAUAGUUGUGCUGGUUAGUGAUUGGGAAAGUGACUGCUAUUGUGUUGAGAGCAGCUGAGUUUAUGAUUGUUUUUACUUGUUUUACCAUGUGUGACUGCAUCAAACUCCUUUAUCUCUGUUGUUUGACUCUAUAUCAGUGUUUUAUUACUCCCAAAUGGCCUUCCUUCCUUCCUAAAUGAUCUAACAACCUCUUGAAGAUCUUCCCCCAAACCAAGCUGUGCCCACCUGCCAUGGAAAUGCACUGCCCUGCAAGACUGAACAUGCUCAAGUGGUCAAAAUGAUUCUUAUAUUUUGUAUUGUA